GUCUUCUUCAGCCUCGGAACUUGAUGCGCACGUUUAGAAGGUACUUUUUCCCGCUUUUGAAACCGUUUUUGCACGGAUCGUUUUUAUGCUGGUCGUUAAAACCUUAAGUAGAUUCGAAUAUAUAGCAAACAACAGAAAAAAGGCAUUUAGGACAAUUUUCUGCGCUUUGGAGCAAGAGGCAGCGAAGCGAGAAAAAACCUCUAAGGAACAAAUACAAUUCCAGCGACUGAAAAGAUUCUGAGCAAAGUCCCACUGAAUCGAAUCCACAGUCAUUCAUGUCCAGCUGCAUUACCCGGUCGAGUUGGUAGUUCUACUGAGAUUACUGUAGCUGUGAAUUGAACGACGCAAGAUAACGGUUAGUUGGUACAAUACUUUCUUAUGGCUUCCGACUUGAAUUAACAUCGCAUCGAUGGCAGCAAAAUAUAGAUCUGCUGUAAUCAAGAUAACCGAGAAUUUAGUACACAAAUCGUAAACUAAAGCAACUUCACUUCGUUCACCUCGACUGACAAACUUGUUAUAAACAUGGGCUCGGGAAGUUCCAAGUCUUCGAAGAAAGGCGGCAAAGGAAAGAAGGACAAGACUUUCCUCAUUAAAUCGCUCGAGCAGCACGAAGGGGGAAUCAACUCCAUGUGUCUAAGUCAAGGUGGAAGCACAAUAAUAACAGUAUCGGAGGACAAAACGGGUCGACUAUGGGAUACUAAAACAGAGGAGUGUGUUGGUACACUGACCGGCCAUACAGGAUAUAUUACGUACGUUUGUGCUUCGGAUAAAUACGCGUUCACAGGUUCGUCAGACAAGACAAUCCGCAAGUGGAACUUGGAGACAGGGGCCUGUUGCAAAGUUUUCGAAGGUCAUGCUUCAGUGGUACACCGGCUUAUCUAUGCAGGAGAUAUACUUUUUUCUAGCUCCUACGACAAAACAAUCAGAUGUUGGCACGCAGAUACAGGCGAGAAACUCAAGGUGUUUCGAGGCCAUAAGCGCGGCGUUCAUCCAAUACUUCUUGUACCAUCUGAGGCUAAUCGUGGUACCUACAUUGACAUGGACAAUAGCGAUGAUAUUUUGGUUUCGGGAUCGUCAGACAACACUGCUAAAGCAUGGGAAAUGAACUCUAACGAUUGCCUUAUUACGUUUAAGGGACACGAAGGUCCCGUUUUAUGCCUGGCGGUCGAUGGAAAAGGAAAACUYUUGUUUACCGGUUCAUCGGACUGCACAGUACGUUCGUGGGACUUGCUAACGGGUGCACCMAUAAAAGUUUUUAAAGGACACUCAGCAUCGGUGCUCAGCAUACAGAUUGUAAACAAAUUAAUGUACACAUGUAGUGCUGACUACACUGCAAGGUGCUGGGUGGUAGAAUUUGGAGACUGUACGAGAACCUACAAAGGCCAUAAGCAUGUAGUUAGCACAAUGUUGGUGCAAGAUGGUCUACUAUUUACUGGUGAUGGAGAUGGUUUGGCUAAAGCAUUUGAUGCAAAGUCAGGAGUUUGCAAGCGAACUUUCAAGGGCCACCUGUACUCAAUUGCUUCAUUACUGGAACAUAAGAACAAGCUUUACACUGCCUCCUAUGAUUGUACCUUAAAAAUCUGGGACACCUCUAAUAUCAGAGAAAAUGAAGAUGACAUCUACAGUCAAGAAAAUGGGGUGAAGUAAGGUGAAAUUUUUCGCUUAGCAGUGGAAUGGGUACACAACAAUCACAUUUCUUAAAAUAUUUGAAACAAUUAUUGUUUGCUACUUUCAAUAAUUGAUUCCUAGUUUGUUUAAAUCAGUAUCACCCUUUAGAUCUCAGGAGGAUCGUGAAAAUGAUUAAAUAGCAUUCUUUAAUUAUUAAGGCACAUUAUUACAGUACAUUUAAUAUCAAUAUUAUUCAAUGUAUAAUUGGUCCUAAUUGCUAGAAUUUAAAACAACACUUGAACACAAGUUUAUAAUAGCACAUUAACUUCUGACAAUAAUUAUGAUAUAAAUGCAGCAAAGAUGCAGCARUAGCAAACAGAACACUAAGAUUGGAAAAAAUAACUGACAGAUUACUGGUACAUGUCAAGCAUUGUUGUGUUAAAAAUCUUCAAAAUUAAAGUUCUAAAUUCAAGRUAUUCCAGGUUCUGGGAUUAAAUCAGUGGAGUGCAUUCAGUUAAUUCGUGAAACUUUAGUAAAACAAAAUUGUACGAAAUCCUUUGUCUUUUAUUGUUUAAUUUGUACUAUUUAGUACAAAAUAGUAAUUUGUGUUUUUACGGAUUAACUGAAAGCAUUCUAACAAGCGUUUUUUUAAAGGAAUUCAAUAUACAAUAUAUCAUAAUUUAACUACUAAUUUUCUCUCUUUGGGCAGACUAGACCAUUAAUAUCAAAGAGAUUAAUUAAUUGCUGCAUUUCCUCUAACAUGUAUUGUAUUACAUAGUUAGGGUAUAGUGUUUUGAUAGGGAUCUAGUCGGCUAACUGCAGGAAUUAAUUUCUAAAAACUAUGUUCUAUGUUCUAAAUGGACUUGAGUCAAACAACUUGAUAAACAAGGUACCUGAUAAGAUUUAUAGGUUUUAUCUUGCAUGAUAUUAAGAGUAACAGUCCUCUCUAUGGAGCGACGGAAUAACUAAAUUACUAAAUAUGCAUCUCAUAGGGUUUUGUAAAUAUUUUUAUAUGAAAAGAAUUAUUAAGUACUCUUAGUAGUGAUGUGUAGAAAUGCUGAACCAGUUAAAAUUUGACUGCAGAAAUUACUUCAGUUGACAAGCAGUUUAUGUUGAAACUGUAUUAUCUGAAGAUCAGCUGUUAAAAACAUGCAUGUUUGGGCCUGGAAUAUAUUUGGUUGUAUGAGAAAAAGAAUGUGAAAGAGGAUUCUGGUAUUAGUAGUUUCAACUGAAGAYGAAUAAGGGAAAAGAAGAAAAUUACAUAGCUUUUCCUUGGAAAAGUUGUGUUGUCACCCCCUUGAUAUGCUUAUUAAUUGGAAUCAUCCUCUCUAGAGGAAGUAUGAUUGGAUAUUUUCUCUAAUGACACAUUUGACUGUCCUUGAAGUGUAGCAAGAAAGUAAGUUGGAAUUUGGAGCAGUUUUCAUAUCACAAAAGAAUGUGAAAAGCUCGCAGCACGAAUGCGGUCAUGAUAUGACAAGGCAUACACCAAACCAUUCACAUUGGUAARAAUUUACUCUCCAUCUAAUCAGAWACCCAACAUACAGCAUGGGCAGGGUCAUGCCAAGGUUACAGCACUACUAGACCAAUCAUACGGUGUGAGAAAAAACAGCCGCAAUUUAAAUUCAAGAAUUAUAAACAUAAUGGUAUUAAACAGCAAGGCACUGCAUACAGCAUAGAGCUUUUCACAGUUAUAGGAAAACUGUUCUAGUACCCAACUUAAACAUGAUAUAUACUGUUAUUUCCCAUUUAUUUCAAUAUUUCCCAUUUAUUUCUACAAAGGAAAGGUAGGAACCUAAUGUACAUUGUAGUGUACCUCACAUAGGAAAUUAAGAAGAAAUAAAUCAGUAGAAAGGUUAUUUUCAUUCACCUUUUCGGCGCUAGCCGUCACGGGGUAUAAAUUGUUUUAGAUCUUGUUACAGUCACCAAAAAGUUCAGACAUUGUUCUCGAAUUUUUGUACAAAUGAACUGCCUCUAAAUGAACUGUUUACUUGGUUAAUGUUUAGUUAGUUCUUUAAAUAAUCAAGUAAAUAAUCAUUUUUCUAGCUUGAUUGAAGCUUUUCUUACUGCUGUUAAGAUAGCUAACUAAAGAAAUCUACCUAAAUUUUCUCUUUAAAGUCAGUGAAUUUGUAUGGAAGUCCGAGAAUGAUGUCCGAACUUUUUGGUGACUGUAACACAACCCAAGCUAGCGCCAAAAACGUGAAUUCAAAUUUAAACAUUUCAUUAGUUUUUGGUAGCCAAUUUGGUGUGACUCAAAUUUGGCGCAUGUUAAAAGGAUAAUUUAUUUAGAUUAUGAAAACCAUAAAUAUUUAUUAGAGCAAUAUUAUUAGUUGACAAAUUAUAAGUUAUAGCUAUAGUCAUAGCACUGRUAGUAUUUAUAUUCAUAAGGACUAUCCUUUGAAGAAUUAAAUGUAACCUGCAAUUCUGAUUUAAUAUAUUCAAGAUUUAUUAAUAUAUAGGACAGCCAGAUUGUACACAUUUUACCAAAAAAUGAUGUUCCAUUAAGACAAAGAAGAGAGCAAACCCUAAAUAAGCCCACAAUCAUUAUUACACAGAACCCACAAAAUAAUGUGCUUGUUUUCAAUGCCAUGAAAUUAUUGUUUGAACUUAAAAGCAAUGUUACAGGAGACAUUAUUUGCAAUGACAAUUUAUWACACAAUGCUGAGAAAAAUGUGUCAUUUUGAGUUGCGAGGUUUUGACUUUGGAUCCAAAACUUGCAACAUGUCGAUGAAAGUCAAAAUUGCACUAAAACUUGUUCUCGUAUGUUGCAAUAAUGUUGCACAAAAAAUCAUUUUUAGCAAAUCCUCUCUCGUUACAUUGCCUCCAAAUAUUCUUUGAGCUCUUUCAUCAUAAUAAUCAACCAAUGAUGAAGCAUGUCUUUAUUUGUUAUUUCAAUUCUUUGGGGGAAAAUGCAGAUUAUUUAACUAGUCAUGUAAGCAUCAAAUACAAUCUAAAUACAUACUUAAAGAAUCAGUUAUAAAGUUAUAAAGUACAGAUACUAUAAGUGUGCACUAAAUAGUACUAUAUAGUGCUAAAUUAAGAUAAUUACACUGUCUUUUUAUUGUUUAAAUUGUGCUAUUUAGUGCUAAGCAUUGCACCCUUGUAGUGUUCAUACUCUAAUGCUAUCCACAGAAUGAUAUUUAUCAACUAAAUUGAAACACUGCAGCUAAAUACUAGGCAAUGCACAUUUAUCUCAAAUAACAAUUAGCACAGUCAUUAUAAAUUUAUAGAUCUUCUUUUCAAACUGUCAGAUAAAGCAAUGUUAUGGCAUAGUAGGUUAGAGUACAUACAAACACUAUAAGUGUGUAACAUAAAUACCACUAAAUACUGCUAAAUUAUGGUAAUCCUAUUGUUUUCCAUUGUUUAAUGAGCACUAUUUACUACUAAAUAGUGCAAAGUGUUGCACACUUUCAGUGUUUGCACUCUGUGCCUCAUGGUAAAUAGUGAACAAGUUAGGUAAGUGGUCGGUUAUCUUACUGUUAAUCUUACCAUUAUCUUACUGUAAGUCAGAGUAGGUAAGCAUUAUGGCAAGUCUCACUUAUUCACAAUCAGUUUCAACAGCUAGCUACCAUUAAGCAGUUAUUUUUAACCCUGUAUGGAUGAUUGAAUAGAGCAGAUUUUCUAUGACUGUGUAUAACUGUGCCCCAAUCAUGACAUGUAUUCUCCUCACCAAAUAGACUAUCAAGUUAUGCUGUUCUACUACUGAGUUGUUCAAUGUCAUGAACACCAAUUCUUUACUAUUACCAUACUGUAUGGCACUAUAUUUUUCACACUCAUGAAAUCUGCUCUAUAUUUUGAAAUAUGCCAAAUAUUUCAUGACUUGCAGCACUUCUAACAUGGUAAUUAAUAACAUGACCAAGAUAUUCACGAUUGGUUUACAUAAUUAUUUUGCCACUUUGGAUUAGCAUGACUAGAAAAUAAUCCAACUACUUGUAACAUUACAACACUACCUGUCAACAGCAUUCAAAUUACCAAUAACGUAAUACAGCAGUAAAGAUAAUUGACAACCUGCUAUGCUUGAAUCUGGCAKGUUAAAGUUUUGAUUUACAUAUAGUUUUAACAUUCAGUCCAAGUGUUUCUAUGGUAACUGCUAUGAUUAUUUGUGAGAAUUCUUACUUAUGACUGGUUGACUUAGCUUUGCACAAGCAUUGUAGCAGUGGCACAAAAUCAGCCAAUCUCUGUGGCAGCCAUAYAAUUGCACAGRGCUUAAAAUAACRGCCAGACAUCACACAKUGUCUACCCAGAAUYGGAACUUGUCYGGUCAAAUCUUUGCCUUGCCAGUCAUUUUGACCAGUAACGYUGAGCCAGAAAUAAGGUAURAURAUGACCACCAUCACMACCAUGACUGCUGACUUACCRGCUGUUAUUUUAAGCCCUGAUUGCAUUAGUUGCCUUCCAUAGAAACAUUAGAGAUUAAAGAGAAAUUAAGCAACAAAACUUUCAACACAACAGACUCAACUAAGAAACCCAGAAUGCAAAAUCAGUCAAUUAAAAAUAUCUUAGACCAAAGAAAUAAAAAAAAACGAUUGGAGGUUUUAAAAAACUACCUGAGAACAGCCAUGUUGGAAAGCUGAAGGACGGAAUCAUCCAACAUGACUGCAUUCAAAUGAGUGUUUAAAACCUCUAUGCAAGCAUGCUAUACAAUGUACCUGGCAGUUAAAUAACUGGUCAGCGCUUCAGGGAAUUCUGUUUUGAAUCCAAUGAUAGAUAAUAUAUUUCAGUAAAAAAAAGUUAGACAAGCUAUUUCAAAGGCAUAUUAAUAUUCAAAAUGCUAUUAAUUGCAUGAGAAAACAAUUUUAUUGGAUUGUUACAAGUCAGGUCAGAAUUCAAAACUUUCUGUUUGUUACUGAGGUUGUUUGCACCCUUUUUGAGGUGAGAACUGCCAUAGAGUGUAACAAUAUCGACAGCCUUUUUUUCACAAAUCUAAAUAGCAUUGAAAUGCCAAUACUGUAUUUGAAAUAGCUCRAUCAAAAGCACUUGUAAAAUGGAAWAAUGCUCCAUAAUUUGGGAACAAUAAAAUUCAAUAUCACCAACAA